CGCAGAUAAAUGCGUUUGGUUGAAGAGGGGUUCGCAUUUAGUAUAAAGUUCUAAGAAAUCGCUCAUCUUUGAAACAGCUUGUUCUAGGGCCAAGGCGGACGACAAUGAGAUUCUUGCAAUAUGCGCUCCUGGCCUGCUUCAUCCUAUGCAUAAUUGCCGAGGAGGACGAAGAAGAAGAAAAUGAGGAGACUGAAGCUCAAUCUUUGAAAGCGAAGCCUCAAGAAGGAUCCCAUCCUGCGGCAAAGCCUGAAGAGUCGGCUAAGCCACCAGGAACUGUUGGCGGAAGCCAUACCGAGCAAGGGGGUGUGAGUAGCACUGCUGGGGUAAAGAAGCAUGUCGAUAAAGGUGGAAAAUCACGACGUUCAAGAUGCGAAUUUACGCCGCAGCAGGGGAACUGUGCAGGUUCUCGUUUCCUUGUCAGAUGGUGGUUUAACAAAGAAACCGGAAUUUGCGAGUCAUUCAAAUUUCCAGUAUGUAACAACAAGGCUGGCGCGUUUUUAUCCUGCAAGAUGUGUAUGCAGCGAUGCCUAAAAAACAAGAAGGGUGCGGAAAAGGCGAGAUGGAUAAACAAGGUCUGCCUGAAAAAAUCGUAAUCCUGGACUUCAGAAGGAAAUACUCGCAAAUGCUAGGUGCUUCAACUUGGUUUGCAAAAAAACUAAAAAAACAAUAAUAAACAAAUUUAAAUAAAUUAUCAGAACUAUGGUUCGAA